AAGAGAAAUGGUCUGGUUUGAGCUUGAGCUAAAUCUUAAGCCAUAAUUAACCAAACAGUUAGAAUGAGCCUCUUUGCACUCUCUCAAGCUCCUGUCUUUAGUACUAGUAAUAACCCAAUGCUUCAUUUCUUGAGUCUAGAGUUUUUGUAGGGCGGGUGUGUUUUUCUAUAUGGAUUUUGGGGUAGUGGGUUUGGAAGGGUUUGAGGGUUCAGAAACUACUACUACCACUGGUUUUACUUCUCUUGCUUCAGAUCCUGAGACAAAGCAGAAGUGGUACGGAUCUGGGUUCCUCAAGCAAGAGAGAUCUGGCAAUAAUGAAGAUGACUGGAGGAGUUCAAAGCUGGCCAAAAUUGAUGAUUUUUCAGCCUCCAAGGCAAUGCUGCUCCAGCGGAGAAACACUUUAUUGAGAUCUAAUACCUCUAUCUUCUCUGACGGACAACAACAGCAACAAAUGCUGAGCUUUUCUGCUCCCAAAUCAGAAGCUCUUUCAGUGGAUAGGAGCUCCCAAAAUGUCACAUUCCCUUACUUUCACCUCACAUCACCUGCUUAUACUAGAAAUACAGCAUACAACAGUGGAGGACUUAAUGAUGCAAACGUGCAUGGGUUGUUAGCAGGAGCUAGAGGACCAUUCACUCCAUCUCAAUGGAUGGAGCUGGAACACCAGGCUUUGAUCUACCAAUACAUAACUGCAAAUGUUCCUAUACCAUCUAAUCUUCUCAUUCCUAUAAGAAAAACCCUUGAUUCUGCAGAUUUCCCAAGCUUUUCUGGUGGAAUCCUUAGACCCAAUACAUUGGGAUGGGGAGCUUUUCAUCUUGGGUUCUCAAACAACUCUGAUCCAGAGCCAGGACGGUGUCGUAGAACAGAUGGAAAGAAAUGGCGGUGCUCAAGAGAUGCGGUUGCCGACCAGAAGUAUUGUGAGCGGCACAUGAACAGGGGCCGCCAUCGUUCAAGAAAGCCUGUGGAAGGUCAAUCUGGCCAUUCCGCUGCAGCCAUCACCGCCACUACCACCAAGCUGAUGCCAACUGUCUCAUCCUCUUCAGCAUCAGUGGUAGGGCCAGUAGGUGGCUGCGGCGAGUCCAACAGCCUUGCCAUUGCACAGCAGCAGUUCAAGAAUUUGCAGCCUGGUGGUGCAUCGAAUCUUUCUGCGGCAGCUCCACUGAACAGGUCGCUUCUGAACAAAGAAACUGUGGGUGAAAGAAUACAUGAUACUGCACCAGGACUCUCCAUGAUAUCCCCCAAUGUUGACCUGAAAUCUAAGGAAAAUCCUUUUUUGAUCCUAAAAAAUGAGUUUGGAGUUGUUUCUUCUGACUCACUCCUUAACCCUUCCCACAAAAGCUCUUCCUUGAUUAAGUGCAGAAAUUUUGGUUCUUCUCAAGAUCUUACUAGUCAAGAAACUGAAUCCCAGCAGUCCCUUCUCCAGUUCAUGGAUGACUGGCCUAAAAGCCAGUCUGAUCGCUCAGCCAUUUCCUGGCCUGAAGUUGAUGUUCAAUCAGACAGGACUCAACUUUCCAUAUCAAUACCCAUGGCUGCCUCAGAUUUCAUGUCCUCCACUUCCUCUCCCAACAAUGAAAAAGUAACUUUGUCACCUCUCAGAUUAUCACGUGAAUUUGAUCCUAUACACAUGGGAUUGGGAGUGGGCAAUGUUAUUAAUGAACCAAACCAGAGGCAAGCAAAUUGGAUUCCUAUUUCUUGGGAGACUUCCAUGGGUGGUCCUCUUGGUGAGGUAUUGCACAGUACAAACAGCAGCACCGCAGACUACAAGAAAUCAUCAGCACUUAACCUUAUGACAGAGGGCUGGGAUAACAGUCCUCGGUUAGGAUCAUCUCCUACUGGGGUCUUACAAAAGACUACCUUUGGUUCUCUUUCGAAUAGCAGUGCAGGAAGCAGUCCAAGAGCAGAGAAUAACAAGACUCAUGAAGGUGCUAGCCUUUGCAAUGACCUCCUCGGUUCAACCCUUAUUCAUUCUUCCUCUUUGCCUGCUUUGUAACCACUUUACCUACCCGACAAGUCACCAGGAUGUGGAAGAAGAAAAAGAAGAAAUAGAAGCCAGAAUUUUAUGUCUGCCAAACAUGGAACAAUUAGUUAUGAAAGCUUAAAUUGUUAUGUUGAUCUCUUUAAUUUUUGUAAUUUGUA